AUAUAACAGUGUUCAAAAUUAACCUUUCAAAAGAAUACUUUUUCUGUUACUGUUUUGCAAGACCUUCUUACAGCUGUGGUCGGAAGACCAACUUCCUUAUUCUUCUAAGCAAGUCACUGAUUGGGUGUUUGCUUCAGAAUUUUUGGCCAGCUCAGCUAAAUUGAUAGAUUUCCUUCCUCUAUUUCAGUCAGUGUCCCAUGUGAUCCUAUUCGUGUCAAGAAUCUUUUGCAAUCUGGUAAAGAAUUGUUUUGCCAACAUCAUGAACUGUUAGUGUUAUUAGACCUCCUGAAUGACAAAGUGAAGGUGAUUCUGAACACUGGACAGCAUGGAGACAUCAGUGGGAAGGACGACAGGUCAGGUCUCCUACACUCAGAGUAACCCACUGUUUGGCAUGUCACUCAGCAGCAGCGAUCUGUGCAGCAUCCAGCCUGACUAUCUGAAGCCCGCAAGGCCCAGAAGAAAAUGGUGCUUUCAUGUGAUAGUUGUUUACCUCAUCUUGCAGACGCCCCUUAAUGCCUUUCUCAUUUAUAAAGUUUUCACUUUGGAGUCUUCACUGUCUAACCCCAAAUCUGAGAAGCUGAUGUUCAAUCACAUUUCUCUGGGUGAUGACACCCUUCAGACUCUCCUCAACAAUAGCCAAGAAACCAAGACAUUGAGGGGUCACCUAUGGUCCCUGCAGAGCCAGGUUAAAAACCUGUGUGGGGAGGAGGGUCAGCUGGUCAGGUUGAGGGAUGACCUGAGCCAGCUCAACAUCAGCAACCACAAUCUGGAGGGCAAACUGAUGACUAUCAGUCUCAAACCAGGUCCUCCGGGUACAAAUGGGUCACGUGGAUAUACAGGUGUGCCAGGACUGAAAGGUGCCAAAGGAGAUGCUGGCCUUCCAGGACCAAAAGGUGAAAUGGGACUCAAAGGAGACCCAGGAGCUGCUGGUGAUAUAGGUCCCAAGGGCCCACCAGGGGAUCAAGGACCAGGUCAAAAGGGAGAGAAAGGAGAACCAGGGACUGCAGGCCUUCAUGGAGAAAAAGGUGACCCUGGACUCUAUGGCCAGAAAGGAAUUCCCGGAGUUCCUGGCCUCAAAGGAGAAAAAGGAGACCUUGGAAAUGUUGGUCCACCAGGACCUCCAGGUGUGAGAGGACCUCGUGGUUUCAAUGGAACUAAGGGUCCCCCUGGACCACAAGGUGCCAAAGGGGAAAAGGGAAAACAAAUAAACGAGCUGAGCGUUCGUCUUGUGCCAGGGAAAUACCGAGGACGAGUAGAGGUUAAGCACAAUGAUGUCUGGGGCACCAUUUGUGAUGACAACUUUGACAAGUUGGAUGGCAAAGUCAUUUGCAAGAUGCUGGGCUUUCAAUCCGUCAUUUCCACCUUCACUGCCACCCCAGGGUCUGGUCCGAUCUGGCUGGAUGAAUUGCGAUGCACAGGAGCAGAGUCUGAUAUCUUUGACUGCCAGCACAGUGAAACUGGCGUUCACAAUUGUGGCCACGAUGAGGAUGCUGGAGUGCAGUGUGUCUAGACUAAAAGGAAAGAAGAAAAAGGAGGGAAGAAACACUUCUUUUUAGGUUGUUUACACAUUUAAAUAUGAUAAACAAACAGUGUACUUAUAUGUUAAGUGGGAGAGGUACUGUAGCCAAGUACAUUUACUCAAGUACUGUACUUGAAUGCAGAUCAGAAUCAGAAUCAGAAUCACUUUAUUCAUCCCCGAAGGGAAAUUCAGUUGUCAGAUGUGAUGUAUGCAUACUUUUUUCCUUUUAUGCUUGUUUUUGCUUUACGUAGUAGUAUAUAAAACAGCUCAAAUCAGUUUCACCUUCAGCUCAACUAUAACAUUAAAAUGCUGUUCACAUGCUAUUGUAAUGCAUUUGUAAUAAAUAACAGUAUAAUCCUGACAGUAGUAGAGAGUAAUUUAGCUUGUAAAAUAACUUACCCUGUAUAGCGGGAACUUUAAGACAAUUUUGUUGAAAAUGCCUACAUGCUUUACCUAAGUACAGAUGUGAAUGCAUUUAUAUUGCUUGUAAUGGAGUGACUUUACAAGAAAAAAUAUUUGGAUACAUCACAUACUCACAUCUCACUCAGGUUAUAAGCAGAGAACAACUCUGCUACUCAUGAUGUUCAAAGUUGGAUCUAAUUACAUACUCAUGAAACAGCAUAAACAACUUCAAUUACUUAAUUUAGAUUUUAUCAAUGAAUACAUGAGCUAAAAUGUGUGCUGUAAACAAAUGCUCAUGCUAAUAACAUUUACUGGGACUAACAUUUCAGGCCCUUCUCAUCUCUCUCAACUCUGCUGGUUAGUCUGCUACUUUGUGUUGCUCUCAUCAGUCCCUGUCCUCCUCCACUUAGCCUCUGUGGCUUAUGAAACAUGCUGACAUAUCUUCUGUUCAUUGCAUGUCACCACAGUUUACUUUGUAGAGGAUGAAAACAUUACAUCCAAAAACACAAGUGGCACUGAAGAAUGGUACCUCAUACAGCCCACUCCAUCACAGACACCUAAAGAGAACACGCUGUUGAUACCACAUUCUCAUCAAGGGACAUUACAGUCAUUGGGUCAGCUGUAAAGACCCCCUCCUUUGCAAAUCAACUUUUCCCUUUAAUAUGGUGUCAUAUGGUGUUUUUGCAUUCUAAAAGACUUGAGCGAAAUAAGCAAUCAACACCAUGGCUGAGGAUUUCUAACUUAAAGCUACAGCACAUGGAUGUCAGUUCAUAAAGAAAAACUGAUUCAGAUUUCCAGUAUUUCAUAUGUAACUGCAAUGGAAAAUGUCAUCUACAUGUGUUUGCUUCCAGAUACAAAUAAACUCCCCUUCAAAAGUA